AUGCCGCCACAGAAACAGAUGUAUCAUAAGGACGAGGUAGUCCUGUGUUUUCAUCACGAUAUCCUAUAUGAUGCAAAAAUACUAGAUGCAAGGGCGGAAAACGAAUCGGACAAGAACAGCCUCUAUGAAUACCGCGUCCAUUACAAAGGCUGGAAGAACACAUGGGAUGAUUGGGUGUCUCAAGAUCUUCUUCGUAAAUAUAAUGAAGAGAAUAGAGAACUUGCUGCCACUCUGCGACGGCAGGUGGAGGCGGCGAUGCGAAGUCGUACGAAAUCUGGCAAGAAAAAAGCUGCAGAUUUAGCUUCUAGUCGUGCCAGUGAAGAUAGAACAUCAAAAAAACGAGGUAGAGAGACUGAGAUUGAGCAGGAGGAAGAUUUUAAUUCAACGCCAAGUAUCAGAGUACUGAUGCCCGAGAGACUUAAAGAGUACCUUGUGGAUGACUGGGAAUUUGUUACAAAAGAUAAGAGCGUAGUUCCCCUACCGGCGAAAUCACCUGUCAAUAUGGUGCUGAAUCGAUACUUGGAGGAAGAGAAAAGUAGCAGCACUCGGAACAGUCAAGUCGAACGAGAUGUUUUGGAGGAGGUGGUGGAGGGAGUUAGAAAAUACUUUGACAAAACGCUCGGAAAAAUAUUACUUUAUACCCUUGAACGACGGCAAUACAACAAUGAACGUAAGAAAUGGGAGGCAAAUGCUCCCGGCUAUGAAGGGAAGGGCCCGGGUGAUAUAUAUGGAGUGGAGCAUUUAACCAGGAUGCUAUCCGUUUUACCUGAACUCCUCGCCCAAACUAACCUCAGCCCGCAAGCCACAAAUCGGCUACGCAGAGAACUCGUAGCAUUCAUGCAAUGGCUCAGUAAACACUCGGACCAGCUAUUUACUGAAAAGUACGAGCCGUUGGAUCGGGACUACGUCGAGGAAAUAGAAGAAAGGCAUCGACGAACGGAUGAGCAUUCUGGGACCGCUACUGCUAGAUUGUUCAGUGAUAGAGCUGCCGCACGAGUGCCUGGUACGUUUGGUAGGAGGGCGAAACUUGAAGGUGAAGCCGGAAAUGGGGACGACGGCGAGGACGUUGAAGAGGAAGAGGAGGAAGACGAGGAGGAUGAGGAUGAGGAGGAAGACGAAGAAGAAGACGGUGAAGAAGAGGAGGAAGCGGGGCCUUCUGAGUGA